UUGGUUGUGUUUAAGAACUUAAGAAGCGAUACAUAUCUCAAGACAUUAUAUAGCGAUAUCAGGAUGACCUCUGCGGAGCGCAGGGGCGCACAGCUGACGAAGUCAUAAUAACAGUAUUUUCACAAACUGCUUGCUGUAUUUAUUUCUGUUGGUGUUCACAUAAUACAGAUGUUGUCAUUGUUGCGCUUAAUCGUUUAAUUUAAUUGGUAAUUAUGAUUAAUUUUGAGAGCACUUUUCAGUUGUCCCAUGUAAUCCGGAUUUGGCGUUGUGAAGCUCCGCGAUGUUAUUACAGGGCCAGAGACUUAUAAAGUAAACAAAGUCGCUGGUUAUUAUGAGUUAUCUGUACUUCUAUACAGAAGACAGAACUGAACAAAAUCUUUUUUUGCAAUCAAAUUUUGAAAACAUAAAAUCGUGAAUCGUGUGAUUAUUGGCAGAUCGUUUCACUCAUUUGUUGUGCUCUGCCGUGGAACUCAUAAUUCACGAUCAGUACUUGUACACAAGUACGGUGAUGUAUAAUACUUGACAUUGUGGUCGCGACCUGGUUCAGAAUCGUGCAUCUCAGUCUCUACAAGGCAACUUUACUGAAUCACGCUAUUAUAUUCCUUGUUUGUGCACUUUUUAUUCGUGUUGCAAAUCCGAACUAGAAAAAUCUGACAAUCAAUUAUCCAACAUGGGUGCAUGUCGCAUUGUCAAUCCUUUCACGGAAUUUGCAUCGGGUCCUACUUGUCCUACACUGAAUUCAUCAGCUGGAUUGUGUCCCAUUUGGGAAGAGGAAUACCAUCGAGCGCGAGAUGUUCGAAUGUGGACACGUGCCAAGGAUCUGGUGUAUGGCUACGCUUUGUUGUGGACAUUUCUGUGCUUGCCCAGGCUUUGCAAUUAUUUGAAGCGUCUGGAUUUGAAACGUUCAGUUGCGUGGAUCCGACUUGUUAAAGGCAUCCGUCGUGGCCGUUGCAAAACUGAUAGCGCAUGCGUGACGAAGGUUAAAAGAGAGGAAAACCUGAAGUUUUUUGGGGAUAGUGGAUGCCCCGUGUGUUUGGCUACUACCGACGAAAUGGCUGAGCGGAUUCCCGUGGCUGGCCCUUGCGGACAUACUUUAUGUGCCGAAUGUUUUGCUGCCAUGUGGAAUCACGGAAAGGUAUUCCUGUUCCCCAUUUCAUGCCCCUUGUGCAUGGCUCCUAUUCAUAAGGUCGUGCCUGCGGUUGAAAUCAGCCCCGACCAAGUGGCUUCAUCCGACGGAUCUUACAAACUCGAUCAGCUGAUCAGACGGUACAAUUUGAUUUUUGGUGGAGUGUGCGUGGGAAUCUUUCCAAGCAGUAUACGACGAAAUAUGUGGACUCUUCUCAUGGACGGUGUCAGCCGGUUGUUACGGCUCGGCUACUUUUUCGUGAUGUUCGACCGAAAAAUGAUGAACACUGUCACCUUCUUUAUUCUGCAUUUCAUCAUUGCGGUUUGCGUGGAGUAUUUCGAAAACACUUAUCUGCAAAAUCUCUUGGAGCACAUGUAGGACGGACAACAAGCAUUGUUUUCGGUUCUGAUUACUUUAUUUUACAGUCUCGUUUGCAGUCUUUCUUUCAUAUUAAUUUCGUGGAAGACAAGGAUCAUCUGUUUAUUUGCUCGCACAUCUUUUAUGCAUGUUUAAUUUAUCAUCUUCUGUAACAGAAUAUGUAAAUAAAUUUUCUUUCAACAUAUGGGUAAGGCUUAUGCCAUAAUCUUCCGAAUUCUAAUUUCCUGCGGAAAAUUGUCACCAGCCGCCACUAAAUAGCAUCAGUGUUGUGUCCACUUUAUUGAUUUCAAAUCGACGCCUUCUGCAAUGAAAAACAACGAAUACAUUAAA